AUGAGCAAGGAUCAUCCUCCCGAAGUGAAAAAAUUUAUGGACAGGAAGUUGUUGAAAUUAAAUGGCAAUAGACAUGUCCAGGGAAUACUGCAGGGAUUUGACCCGUUUGUGAAUCUUGUGAUAGAUGACUGUGUGGAGAUGGCAACGAGUGGGCAACAGAACAAGAGUGGAAUUUUGGUGAUAUGUGGAAAUAGCGUCAUCAUGUUAGAAGUAUUGGAACGGGGCGGAGGGUAGAUAGCAUAAUGGCUAUGCAAACAGACUCUCAUGCCUGAGGCUCCAAAGUCCCAGGUUCAAUCCCCCACACCACCAUAAGCCAGAACUG